AUGACUACCGCAAACCCACAACAACGACAGUUUUUACUGUUCAGCAAGUUUAGCACUGAAGUUCGACCUCCGAGCAUGGUACGACGAGAGGAGCGUAUCCGAUCCAUGAAUUGUGCUUUCGAAGAAAUUGCUGAAUCAGAGGAGGAGGAUAUCCAGCUCCCAGAGCGAACUUCACCCGAAGGGCGAUCGCCAUUUGCUCUUGCAUUCGAGUCUCCCUUCGCUGAACGACGUCCAGUUUCUCCUCAAAACUUAAGCCCAUCUCUCACGAGGAAACUCACCCAUCCUCGAAUAUGUCAUGGAUGUUCGGAUCCAAAAACACGUCGUCGAGAAACUCCAACUUUGCCUGGGUCGCUAAGCCCGGAUCGACAUGAUGGUGGAUCGGAUUUGCUGACUCUUCCACCAAUCCCAGAAGGAACCACAUUGUCAUCUGAUUGUAAGGACGAUUUCGAAGAGAUGCAUCAAUAAUUGAUCCGACAGUCUG